AUGUCAGAGAAGCUUAAGAACAUGGUAGGGGAAGAAUGGACAGAGGACAGAGAGGUGAGGGAGAGAGAAGGAAACAAUGUUGAGGCCAUAGAGACAGGUGAGCAAGAGCAGGAGGGGGGAUUAGGCAGGGCAACAGAGGGAAGAGGAGGCAAGGAGGUCGCCUCGAGGGGGAAGGAUAUGGGACAAAAGAUAGAGAGAAUCAGGGAAGUGAUGGAGAAGAAGAAUGAGGAAAUAGCAAUCAUAGGGGGAGAUUUUAACGCGAUAAUCGGUACGAAAGAAGGGUUAAUAGAAGAGGAUGAAUUAGAGGAUAAGGAGUCGAGAAAGUCUAAGGAUAAAAGAAAGGUGGAUAAAGAUGGAAAGAUGCUGGAUGAAUCAGGGUGGUCAAUUCUAAAUGGAAACUGCAAGGAGGACGAGGAAGGGCAGUUUACUAGAGAAAGAGGGCUAAGUAGAUCGGUAAUUGAUCACGCCAUAACGGAUGAUACGGGGAGGGAUUUAGUGGACAGGUUUGAAGUGGGGGAGGAAUGUGACUCAGAUGACUUUCCAUUGGUAGUCACACUGAAAGAAGAAGUGGAGGGCAGGGUGAGAGAGAAAGGAAAGAAGAACGGAAAGAGAUCGGUCAAAGUCUCCUUUGGGGGAAAGGAUAAGAAGGAAAAGCUAAGGGAGGAGCUGGAGAGCGUGGAUUGGAAGGAACGAUCACUGGCUGAGACGCUGGCGGAAGUGAAAGUGAGAGUAAAAGAGAUUAAGGAAAGGAUAGAUAAGGAAACGAAAAAGAAAAAGAAAUUAUGGGGGGACUGGUGGGAUGAGGAAUGCAAAAGAAAACAAGAAAGAGGUAAGAAGGAUGAGUACAGAGUGAAGAAGAGGGAGUUCAAUAGGAUGUGUGGGAUGAAAAAAGAAGAGGAGCAAGCAAAGUUUGAAGAGGAAGUAGAGAGAGCACUAGAGGGGGGGAGAGUGUGGGAAGUGAUUAAUAGGGAGAGAAAGGAAAGAAAAAAGAUAAACGAGGGAUUAGGAUUGGAACGGUACAAAGAUCACUUCAUGAGGCUGUUGGGAGGAGUUGACGGAAGGGUUAUUGUGGAGGGAAGAAGGGAAGAAACGGAGGAAGAGGGAGCGGGGCUGUCGCAGAAGGAAGUUAAGGAUGCGAUUUUCAAACUGAAAAGCGGGAAGGCGGCGGGAGAGGACGAGAUAGAAAACGAGAUUUGGAAGGAAGGGGGUUUAGAUUAG